AGCCGCGUUAGAUACUUAAGGGCCUAAUUAACACAGUCCUAAAGUAACAGCCCUUUCAUAAAGCGCUUGCUAAAAGCACGGUAACAAUUGCGGUGCCGACCCGCCGUGUAUGCACGCAAUUCUGAAUACUUUUUGGCGCACCCAGAACAUUCCUACAUGUGUGAAAUAUUUAACUAGAACGCUUCAUUGCUGUGGGCUGGCGCCGCUGUGAGGCUGUUCCACUCCACCCAUGCUAAGUGCUAUACACUUCCAAGAACCAAAGCCUACAAUGAAGACCGUUCACCAACAUCGACCUCAGCGCGCUCCAGCCAGCGGGUCUCAGCUACAGCCGGCUUCUCCCCCCCUUUACCCUUACAAAGCUCUCCCAACAACCCACAUCACACAGCUGCACUCCCGGGGAACCCGCAAGACCUCAUACCACCUCCCCCAUGCAUCACCACACAACUCAGCGAACACCAACACAGCACCACCGUCAAUCCACCAGCCCGCCUGCAAUGGACCAACCGCAUCUCCAACAACCCCACAGCCACCAACCCCAGCCGAGACCUCCACAUCCCAACAACCCACAACAGCGGCGUCACCACCACCACCCUCCCCACCCGCCCUGCAUCCUUCCCCCGUUCCCUCCGCUCCCCAUCCCGACCCCUCCGACUCGCCCACACCUCUCCCCGACAUGGCCGAGGUCCUGCAGCGCUACGGCUGGAUGCUGGAGGCCCCCCUGGAGCAGCUCAUGGCCCGGGCAGCUGCCGUACGUGACCAGGGGCGGCACGCGGGCGUCGUCUCCUUCUCGCCCAAGGUGUUCCUGCCCCUCACCCGGCUGUGCCGCGACUCGUGCGGCUACUGCACCUUCGCGCAGCCCCCCCGCCCGGGCCGCCGAGCCUACAUGACGCUGCAGGAGGUGGUGCAGGUGGCCUCCCAGGGUGCGGCUGCGGGCUGCUCCGAGGCGCUGCUGACGCUGGGUGAGCGGCCGGAGGAGCGCUGGGGGCAGGCGGCGGAGGAGCUGCGGGCGGCGGGGUACGGCAGCACGCUGGAGUACGUGGAGGCGGCGGCAGAGGCAGUGCUACGCGAGACGGGUCUGCUGCCGCACAUCAACGCGGGGGUGAUGGACGAGCAGCAGAUCAGGAGGCUCAAACGGGUCUCCGCCAGCCAGGGCCUGAUGCUGGAGAGCACCUCGCUGGCGCUGCUGCAGCCGGGCGGCCCGCACCACCGCUGCCCCGACAAGCACCCGCACCUGCGGCUGGCGAGCAUUGAGGCGGCGGGCAGGGCGCGCGUGCCCUUCACGUCGGGCAUCCUGGUGGGUAUCGGCGACACGCGUGCCGACCGGCUGCACGCACUGGCCUGCCUGCGGGCACUGCACCGCCGGUACGGACACAUACAGGAGCUGAUCAUCCAGAACUUCCGCGCCAAGCCCGCCACCCGCAUGGCAGCCCACCCCGAGCCGCCGCUGCGGGAGCUGCUGUGGGCGGUGGCGGCGGCGCGCAUCAUGUUCGGGCGCCACAUGAACAUACAGGCGCCGCCCAACCUGACUCCAGACCGGCAGGUCAGCAGCCCCUCCUCCCCCCAGCAGCAGCAGCAGCAGCAGGCCGCCGAGUCCAGGUCCGGCAGGGGCAGCGGCGGCGACAAUGGCAGCACUGUCAGUGGCGAGGAGGAUGAGGCGACCCCCGGCGACAGCGACAACGGUGACAUGCGGGAGCUGCAGGCGGGGUGGCGGGCGCUGCUGGAUGCGGGGGUGAACGACUGGGGCGGCAUCUCCCCCCUCACCGCCGACUUCGUGAACCCCGAGCGCCCCUGGCCGCACCUCGCCCCCCUGGCCGCCGCCUCCGCAGCAGCGGGCAAGCUGCUGCUGCCGCGACUGCCCGUCUACCCGCCCUACCUGGGGCUGAGGGGGGACGCAGGUGGCAGCAGCGGGGGCGGCACCGCGAGGGGGGAGGAGGAGGAGCAGGAGCAUGCAGGGGGAGAGCAGGAGAUGCAGCCGCAUCAGCAGCCUUCCUCCCUGCUUGCUGAGCGCGAGCAGCAACCACAGCAGCCCCAGCAGCAGCGCCCCGGCACCGCUGUCGGUAGUGCCCCUGAUGGCAGCGGGGUCAGCAGCGGGGUCAGUCCCUCACCCUCCUCCUCACCCCCACCCCUCCCGCCCCCCCCACCUGCUGUCCCGCCGCUGCUGUCCCCCUGGCUGGACUGGUGCGGCGGGGCGGGCAGUGCGGGGGCGGCGGUGCUGCGGGCGGCGGACAGCCAGGGAUUCCUGCGGGC